UCUUCUAACUUCUUGGAACUCAGCACAUACAACAAUGGCGAGAACUCGUUUCCUCUUGUCGACAACUUUGUUGUUGCUGCUAUUCCAAUACUGUUGUGUAUACAUACCUAUCUUAAUAACGGGUUCCGUAGCAGCACAAACCAACAUCAGCACAGAUCAGUUUGCUCUUCUUGCCCUCAAAUCCCAUAUCACCAUUGAUCCUCAAAACAUCUUGACCACCAACUGGUCUACCUCCAAUUCCGACAUUUGCAACUGGGUUGGCGUUACUUGCGGCGCACGCCACCUUAGAGUGACAACCUUGAAUCUCUCCUACAUGGGUCUCACUGGCACCAUCCCUCCCCACCUAGGCAACCUCUCAUUUCUUGUUCAAUUGGAAUUUAGAAACAACAGUUUUGGUGGUACCUUGCCCCCGGAAUUGUCUAAUCUACGCAGGCUGAAGUUGAUUAGCUUUGAAUUCAAUGACUUUGAAGGAACCAUUCCAUCAUGGUUCGGCUUGUUAUCUAAACUUCAAACCUUCAAUUUGUACGGUAAUCAAUUUUCGGGUUCCAUACCAAACGCCAUCUUCAACUUAUCUGCACUUCAAGUACUUAAUCUAAGAAGCAACCAGCUAUCCGGUACCAUACCAAGAGAAAUCGAGAGGUUAACAGUGUUGCAAGAGAUAUUACUUGGAAAUAACAAUUUCAAAGGUAGCAUAGCAAGAGAAAUUGGGAACUUAACCAUGCUCAAGAGGAUAUACCUUGAUUUUAACAUGUUCGAAGAAAUUCCAAACUUGAUUGGCAGUAAAGAUGAGGUGGAGUGGUUGUUUGUGCAGGCUAAUGCCCUAAAAGGCCCUAUUCCCUUGACUGUCUUCAACAUGUCCUCUUUGACAAUUUUGGCUCUAAACAGAAACAACUUAAGUGGUAGUUUUCCAGACAAUAUAUGCCAACAUCUUCCAAGUAUCCAGGUGUUAAAUUUGGCUUACAACGAGUUUGAUGGUCCACUUCCACACAAGUUAUGGCAGUGCAAAGAGCUCCUUAGUUUGGUAUUGGACUAUAAUAAUUUCAGUGGAAGCAUACCAAGAAGUAUUGGAAACUUGACCCAGUUAACACGGCUUGGUUUUAGCAACAACACCUUAACGGGUACUAUACCAUAUGAAGUUGGCAAUCUUCAAAGUCUACAGUAUUUGUCACUCGAUUUUAGCAAUCUCAACGGCCCCAUUCCAUCCACAAUCUUCAAUAUGUCAAAGAUGACAGUACUUUCACUUGUUGGUAAUCAACUCUCAGGUAGCCUCCCAGCAGACAUAGGCCUUGGAGUUCCGAACCUGCAAAGUAUAUAUUUAGCACUGAAUAAACUCAACGGAGCAAUUCCCAACUUUAGCUCCAAUGGUUCCAAGCUCAUUCAUUUAAGCCUGUCCGACAACUCAUUUUCCGGGUUUAUUCCUAACAAGUUAUGUGCCUUAACAAACCUUGAGGUUCUUAGCUUAUACCGAAAUAAUUUAACGGUGGACACUUCAACUCCAGAAGUAAACAUCCUUUCUUGUUUCGGUAAUCUUAGAAAUCUUAGGGCAUUCAUCCUGGGACGUAAUCCGUUAAACACUCAUCUUCCUAUUUCUUCUUGGAAUCUCUCUACAUCGUUAGAGCAACUUACUUUAGACCAUUGCAAUUUGAAGGGUAGCAUUCCCAUUGAAAUUGGCAACUUGAGCAGCCUGAUAUCCUUAAACCUGGCAUCCAAUCAAUUGAGCGGGUUAAUUCCAACUUCUAUUGGAAGACUAGGGAGUCUCCAAGGUUUGUAUUUGGUUGAUAACAAGUUGCAAGGAUAUAUUCCCGAUGACCUUUGUCAACUAAACAAACUAGCUGUAUUAUAUUUGAGUCAGAAUCAACUGUCUGGUUUUAUACCUUCUUGCUUAGGUAAUCUAUCUGCAAAUCUUAGAAUUCUAUCAUUAGCGUCCAAUUCGUUAACUUCUACACUGCCAUCUACAUUGUGGGAACUUGGACAAGUCUGGUUCUUUAACUUGUCAUUAAAUCUUCUAAAUGGAUCUCUGUCACAAGAUAUCGGCAAGUUGAAGGUUGUGUCAUACAUGGAUCUAUCAAGCAACAAUUUAUUUGGUGUUAUACCAAGCAGCGUUGGGGAUCUUCUAGAUUUAACUAGUCUCUCCUUGGCAGAUAAUAAUUGUGAAGGCCCUAUUCCCAGUUCAUUCGGCAAAUUGAAAGGCCUGAUACGGUUGGAUUUAUCCAAGAACAGUUUGUCUGAAGCAAUUCCAAAGUCGCUAGAAGCACUCUUGAAUCUGAAGUACCUGAAUUUUUCUUUCAACCAACUCCAAGGGGAAAUUCCAGAAGGCGGACCUUUCAAAAACUUCUCCGCUCUAUCAUUUGUCUCGAAUAAGGCGUUGUGUGGUGCAGCUCGACUCCACGUCCCACCAUGCAAAAACAAUACACUUCAACCAAAUUCAAGGAAAGCUAGUUCAUCCAACUUGAAAUAUAUUAUUCCAGCAAUAAUCAUAGCAGCAAUAUUCCUAGUAGCCAUUGUGUCGAUAUUUAUACUGCACAGGAAAAGGAAAAUUGAAGUUGCAACAGAGGCUACCGUGUUACCACAAUCUCUUUGGAGAAGAGUUUCACGCCUGGAACUUCUAAGGGCGACAAAUGGAUUUAACGACAGCAACUUACUUGGAAGUGGGGGUUUUGGCUCAGUAUAUAAAGGGACACUCUCAGAUGGGAUAGAUGUUGCAGUAAAGAUUUUCGAUUUGCAGCUAGAAGGGGCUUUCAAGAGUUUUGAGAGGGAAUGUGAAACGCUGAGUAAUAUUCGGCACCGAAAUCUUAUCAAAAUCAUUAGCUGUUGCAGCCAAUUGGAUUUCAAAGCCUUGGUACUGAACUAUAUGCCUAAUGGUAGCCUUGAGAAGUGGUUGUAUUCUCGUAACUCUUCUUUUGAUAUCCUAAAUAGGUUGAAUAUAAUGGUAGAUGUUGCAUUGGCAUUGGAAUAUCUCCACCAUGGUUAUUCAGUGCCAAUUGUCCAUUGUGAUUUGAAGCCAAGCAAUAUCCUACUGGAUGAUGAGAUGGUUGCACAUGUUGCGGAUUUUGGCAUUUCAAAACUCUUGGGUUUCGGGGAUUCCAUGACCCAAACCAUGACCCUAGCCACAGUUGGGUAUAUGGCUCCAGAGUACGGGAUGGAUGGAAUUGUUUCGACGCAAGGGGAUGUGUACAGUUUUGGUAUUGUAGUCAUGGAAACAUUCACAAAAAUGAAGCCUACGAAUGAAAUGUUUGUUGAGGAAAUGAAUCUAAAGCAAUGGGUUGCAAAUUCACUAUCAUCAGAAGCAAUAGCUGAAGUUGUGGAUGCCAGUUUAUUUGUAACACAAGAGGAAGACCCUGAUUUUGUGACGAAGAUAGAUUGCUUAUCGUCCAUUAUGCGAUUAGCUCUUGCUUGCUGUGCAGAGCUACCAGGCGAGAGAAUAAACAUGCAAGAAGCAGUAGCCACACUCAAAAAAACAAAACUCAAGUUUUUGAAGGAUGCUGCAAGAAGUGCGCAGUCAAACCGUCCUCUUGUUCGUGCACUUUGA